CUCAACCUGUAGCCAAUGGCCACGGUUUAUUGUAGCAAGUAGUCGUUGUUUAUAAUGUUUGUGUUGAAUAUCGUGAACUGUGAUGAAACAGUGAUUUUUGUAGUAACACUCGUUUUGGAUUAGACGUGACCUAUGGGUAGUCUUGGUUUGGUUUGAUAAUUGAUUGUUAUACGACAAUUAACAAUCCCGAACGAUAGCUUGGCUAUUACGCGACAUUUAACAUUUUUAUUUAUUCACACUUGGACAUAUUUUUUGAUUGUAUUGUUACGUAAAUACUUAUUUAUAUAUAUAUAUAUAUAUAUGAAUAAGCAUACCUAAAUUUUAUUUUUUCUUUCUUUCAUAUUUUCCAAGUUUAACACACUUAAAGCGGUUAAAUUUCGGUGUUUGCGACGGUUUUUACAAUUCCUUUUUGACACGACGCGAUAGACAACAAGGCAUACGCACGGCAUUCUCCGUCCCUGCACGGUCAACAGCUCUGGUUUACUCCUACCACCGCACGGCGACAAUUUGUGAGAAAGUGAACAUUUUGUGUUUAUUAUUCGGUUACCUCGAACUAGGCAAUUAGCGAUUGCCGUUUGCUACUACUAAAGAAACAACAAUCAUUAAGACACAGCUUAAAUAGUUAUAAUAAGAGAGAGAAAAAAGAAAAAAAUAAGAAAUGAGUGUGAUCAUUAGACUACAGAAUCUGCCUUGGGCAGCAAGCGCUGCCGAUAUUAGACAAUACUUCCAAGGGUUGUCGAUACCAGAAGGUGGGGUUCAUAUCGUUGGCGGCGAACAAGGCGAUGCCUUCAUCGCGUUUAGUACCGACGAAGAUGCCAGACAAGCGAUGCUGGCCGACGGCGGUUGUAUUAAAGAAGUCAAAGUAAAACUGCUGUUGAGCUCCCGGAACGAAAUGCAAAAAGUCAUUGAAACCGCUCGUCAACAAGCUUUGAAUUUACAAUCCAUCAUGCAAAUGCCGGCUCAACAUCCAAUGAUGGCCGUGCCUCCGUUAACCGCCAAGGUGUUGCCUCAGCCCCAACAACCCGUAAUGCCCCAACAAGUGAUCAUGCAACAUCCGCAACAGAUGAUGCCUAAUCGUGACGCGAUGGAACCACAGAAAUCGGGCAGUCCGCUGAGGGAUCACGACAGGAGACGCGAUCGGACGAGGUCGAAAUCCAGGGAACGCCGAUCCAAGUCGACUCGCAGUGGCGGCAGCAGACGGGAUAGAUCCAGGUCUAGGGAUCGGAGGAGGAGAGAUCGGAGCAGGGGAAGGGACAGGUCCAGGGACAGACACCGCAGCGGCAGGGAUUCGUCGAGUAGGGGUAGCGGUAAAACCCAGAGAUCCAGGUCGCCGGCCAAAGACAAAAAGGACGACAUACAGCAGCAGCCCGUCAAACCUUGGGCGUGCCAUUACGAUGGCGGCAACCAAGCCAAUCCCGACAGCAGGUCCAACGUUGGUUUGUCCAAUAUUGGCGGCGGUGGUCACCCUAACAACAACGCGGCCGACAACCGCAACCAGCAGCCUAACGCGUACGGACAGUUUAGGACGCCUCAACCUCCGUCCAUUUCGCCGGCCACUUAUCAACCGUUCUCCGGCGACUUCAACGGCGGCACUACCGGUGGCCCGUACGACGGCCGUCAGUCCAACGGUCCUGAAACAAUGGGUCGUCCACCGAGAGGCGGCGACUAUGGCAACAACAAAUUCAACCGUCGUUACAACGACGCGCCGCUCCAACAAAGACGUAACGACUACCACAACGAACAGCAGCAGCAGCAGCCCCAACCGCCUCAGCCGCCGGUUGGCAUGCAAAACCGAGGCCCUAGAUUCGGGCAGGGACCGCAGACGCAGCAGAUGAAUCGUCCGCCGUACGGCGGCGGUGGUGGCGGUCCGCCCGCUUCCAGGUUCAACCAGGAUCAUCGUCCGCCACAGCAGGUGUUCGACGACAGGGAACAGAGGUUCAACGGGCCCAAUGACGGUGACAACUUCAACAACGACACCAAACGGCCGACGCGGUUCAACGACCGGUACAGGUACGACGUGCGCAACUCCGCUCAACAACAGGAACAGACGUCGCCUCUUCAACAACAACAACUCCCCAAAAUCGACGGGCUGUGCGUAGAAGUGAACAAUAUGUCCAAUCCUUUCUCUUACGGCGACAUCAGGAAGCUGUUCGACGGCAUACAUAUCGACGGUUCGGCCAUCAAGAUCCAAAAACACAAGCAGGGCGUUGCGUUCGUCAAGUUCGACGACAACUACAACAAGAACGUGGCGAUGAAGUUGAACGGCACGACGUACAAGGGCAGCCAAAUCACCGUCAAGCAUCUGGACGACGAGGCGUACGAGAAAGAGAACACCGACAACAGACCUUACCCCGGCAAGGGUGGCCCGUCCAAGACGGUGUCCGAAGACGACCAACCAGACGUGAUGAUCAUCGACGGCGACGACCUAGACGACAGCGACGAUUUGAUCGUGUGCGAGACGCCGUCCAAGGACGACACCAAUAACGACGCCGGCCACUCUCAGUCGAACACGCCAAGCAGAUACCUGAAGCUCAGUCAGGUGCCCAUCACCGUCACAGAAGACGAAAUCCGCUCGGUGAUCAACGUGGACUCGUUGCUCACCAUCGACAUGUUCCCCGAAGAUCAGUUCCUGGGUGCCAUACUGGAAUUCACAAACGUGGACGCGGCCGAGAGCACGUUGAAACGGCACGACUGCGUUCUUUUGGGCUUUUCGCCCGUGCCGCUGUUGCGGUGUGCCGAAAAAGAGAAACGCCGGCAGGGCAAACGCAAAUCGGUCCCUCCUCCUCCGCAACACAAGUCGCACGACAACAACAGCUACGGCCACCAUCACAACUCACGGCACCCGCCGAAAAUGCAUUCCAACUGCCUGUACUUGUCCGGGUUGCCCACUACCGUCACCAACCUGGACAUCACUCAGUUCUUCGCCGACGUGUCCGUGUUGCCCGACAAGAUACACAUAAUGCUCAACAAGUCCGGCCGACCGACCGGCGAGUCGUACUGCGAGUUCGGCCACGUCCAACAGGCCCACGCCGCCGCCGCCGCCAAAAACCAGUGUUUCAUGGGACCCAACGCCGUGUCGGUCACCAUAAUCAGCAGGUCCGAUAUGAUGCAGGCCAUCACCAAACCCAUGCAGGAGGGACCGUGGGGAAUGCGAGUCGGCGCCGGUGGACCGCGCCACAACAUGAUGGCACCGCAAGGAGGACCGCCACCGCCGUACCACAACCAUAACGGCGGACCUCCUUACAUGAACCGACCGCAGUACAUGAACAACAGAGGCAACAUGGGCCAUCCGUACACGCCGCGCAUGCGGGCGCCGGGUCCAGGCCCGACUUCCGGUCCAGACGGUUUCGGACAGCCUGGCUGCGUGGUCGCGUUAGACAAUGUACCGUACCGUGCCGACGUGCAAGAAAUAGUGGACUUCUUCGAGGGAUUCGACCUCAACAGCCAGAACGUCAUUAGGCGGUUCAACGACUUCGGCAAGCCGACCGGCGAAGCCAGAGUGAAUUUGAGGAGCCCUCAAGAAGCGUUAAGUGCGGUGAAAUUAUUGCAAAACAAGUCUAUCCACAACCGACCGAUACGACUGACUCUCCUAUAAGUACCUUUAAGGAAUCCAAUGUUUUCUUUAUUAUUUUUUUUUUUUUUAUUUAAUUAGCUUUAAUUAUAAAUAUUACAACAUUAAGCGCACUAACAAAAAUGAAAUGUACUACUGUUUUUUUUAUUGUAUUAUAAAUGUUUUGCCCUAUCGUCGAGUUACGGUAAUAUACUAUACGGUAAUUCCUAUUGAAAAAACAAAAUAUCACGUUACAUAACACAUUGACUGAAAUAUAAACGAAUUUAGCCAUGUAAACAACUUUUAAAGACGGAUAAAAAUAAUUUAUACAAUUUUUCAUUACCACACACAAGUCCAUCCCGACUGUGUUUUGUUUAUAAAAUUUUAAAUAAUAAAAACUUCGUAUUGUGUUCAUCGACUGUUUUAGAAUUUUCCUUUUGGCAGUGGAAAAUGUCCAAAAUUUAGUGGAAACGAACAAAAAUUGAUAUUGCUUAUUGUAUAUUACACAAAGCGUUGUCUUCUGUGCCCAAAGAUUUUUUAGCAGUUGUGUCGAUGGUUAACGUGUGACACUUAUUUAUACUUUUUUAUUGUUAAUCUUAAUCGAAUGUAUAUAUUGUAUAACUUGUACGAAUAAGUCUCAAUGGAGAAAGUUUGAACGGUGUAUAAUAUUUUUAACUAUUGAGAAAUACACCGCAGGGCGAUUUUUAUUUACAUAAUAAAUAACCAAUUGAAAUGCAUUUUUUUUUUAGUGCAAAUC